CACAAAUUCACAAUCAGUUUUGGACGUGUUGCUGUCGUGGAUGUGCCGUUCAUUUUCGGUGAUAUAAAUAUAAUUAAAUUAACGAAAAUAAACCCGACUUAUCUCUAUUUACUUUCAGCUUUCCUAUCGGCUUAAAAUUGAAGUGGAAAUUUUAAAGUUACUGCUUUACAGUGUAAAAUUGGAGUGAAUUCCAUCGGCCUACUUGCGGCAAUUGUUUCAUCCAACGGAACUUAAUCAACUCUCAAAAUGUCUCAUCGUGAACCAACGGUGGUAGGAGUAGCCAACUUCAAUGCAGCAGAGGAUGCAGCUGCUCUCCGGGCAGCCAUGAAGGGCUUUGGCACUGACGAGCAAGCUAUCAUUGACAUCUUGACAAGCCGCUCCAAUGCUCAGCGCCAAGCCAUUGCUCAGGCCUUCACUCAUGAGUACGGACGGGAUUUAAUAGACGAUUUGAAGUCCGAACUGGGCGGGAACUUCGAAGAUGUGAUAGUGGCUCUAAUGUUGCCGCCGGAGCAGUACUUGUGCAAGGAGCUGCACCACUGCAUGGAGGGGGCGGGCACCGACGAGGAAACGCUGGUGGAGAUCCUCUGCACCAGGACCAAGAAGGAGAUCGCUGACAUCGUGCAGGCCUAUGAGGACAUGUACAGCCGUCCGCUAGCCGAGCACAUGUGCUCCGAGACAUCCGGCGACUUCCGGCGACUGCUCACCCUCAUUGUAACCUCUGCCCACCAGGGGGCGCGCGACGAGGAGGCGGGCGUGGACCCGGCGCGGGCGCAGGAGUGCGCGCAGCAGCUGUACGACGCCGGGGAAGGCAAGUGGGGCACUGAUGAAGAGGUGUUCAACAAGAUCCUGGCUCACGAGAGCUUCGCCCAGCUGCGGCUGAUCUUCGAGGAGUACAAGAGCAUCUCGGGCCGCACCAUCGAGCAGGCCAUCAAGUCUGAGGUCGACGGGGAGCUGAAGGAAGCUUACACUGCUAUAGUGGAAUGCGUGGAGUCCGCGCCGGCGUGGUUCGCUGGGCGGCUGCGGCGCGCCAUGCAGGGUCUGGGCACGGACGACCGCACGCUCAUCCGCGUGGUGGUGUCCCGCUCCGAGCUCGACCUCGGCGCCAUCAAGCGCGAAUACGAACGCCUUUACGAUAAGACUCUAGAAAGCGAAAUCCGGGGUGAGACUUCUGGAGACUACAAACGAGCACUCGUCGCGCUCAUUGGACCUGCGUAGGCGCAUACGAAGAAAGAAAAACGCAAUAACUAUGUUUUCCAGUUAGUUCCAUCGCUAUACAGAGAUGGCGUUCACGUCACUUUAGGAAAACUUUCUAUGACAUUAUAUAUUAUUUAACAUUCACAUAUUCAAGGGAAGUUGGCCGAUAUUAUAGUAACAACUUUAUAUUACUAAAUUAUUUUUAGUACUUAUUAAAAAAUAAAUGGACUAUUUAAUUUCGUAUUCAUUUAUUUGAUUGCAAAAAUCUUCCAAAAGUGAUUUGAGCGCCAUCUCUUGUUAUUGAAAGAACUAUAAUUAUACCUACUGGAAAACUUUUACGGUCAUGUUCGCUGAAGACCUUUUUUUGUAUUUAUUGAUAUUACUUUUAUAGUAAUUUUAUCGCACAUUGGUAUUAAUUUGGAAAUUGGUAUUUAGAAAUUGUAUUAUUUUAAUAUUAAGUAUAAAGUUUGACUAAGUAUCGUCUCGCACUUAUAGGAGUAUUCAAAUAAGAUUCAAAUUAAAUUGUUUGCUUGGUGUUACUGUAUGGUGUUUAGAUUAGAUUUGAAGUGUAAGUAAACAAUUGAAAGUACAAUUUAAAAUCACACCCGCUAUUGCGAACCGAGACUUCAUUAGACGAAAAAUAAUUUUAUGGCCUAAAUGAAUUUUGAAUAUAGAUGCAGUGCCUUUUAAUAUGUAGCUAAUAAUAUUAUUAAGUUGAAAACUUUAUUUUGUCAAAUUAUUAGAAUAAGAAUUUAAUUGUUGUUGUAACUUUUAAAAUUUUAUUGGCUUUUAAAGCUAGAUAGAGGAUCUCUACGUAGUUCUCAUUCCAUUCGAAAUUGUUUUUAUAAACGGUUCCACUCUCCCUAAGCUUUAACUGAUACCUUCCGUUUAAAACUUUAUGAAUCAUAUUGUUUAUUUAUUAAAUCAUCUACAUUUAA